CCCAGCGCCGUUGGCCGCGACGCAGUCGGCAAUCAGUCGGCCGACUGGCGGGCGCUUCGCGGUUUGAAUGGCUGGGGGCCCAGGCCCUCGGCUCACCUGAGGCCCCGCCGCCCAGGUGUGCGCUAUGCCGUCGGGAGGCAACCAAUCGCCGCCGCCGCCCCCUCCUCCUCUUCCGGCGGCGGCGGCCUCAGAUGAAGAGGAGGAGGAGGAUGCCGAGGCGGAGGACGCAGCGCAGUCGGCCCGGUCGCCGGCCCCUCAGACCCAACAGCGGUUCGACGAGUUGUGCAGCCGCCUGAACAUGGACGAGGCGGCUCGGGCCGAGGCCUGGGACAGCUACAGGAGCAUGAGCGAGAGCUACACGCUGGAGGGAAAUGAUCUUCAUUGGUUAGCAUGUGCCUUAUAUGUGGCUUGCAGAAAAUCUGUGCCAACUGUAAGCAAAGGGACAGUUGAAGGAAACUAUGUAUCUUUAACUAGAAUCCUGAGAUGUUCAGAGCAGAGCUUAAUUGAAUUUUUUCACAAGAUGAAGAAAUGGGAAGACAUGGCAAACCUACCCGCACAGUUCAGAGAACGGACUGAGAGAUUAGAAAGAAACUUCACUGUUUCUGCUGUAAUCUUUAAGAAAUAUGAACCCAUUUUUCAGGACAUUUUUAAAUAUCCUCAAGAGGAGCAGCCUCGUCAACAAAGAGGAAGAAAACAGCGGCGACAGCCCUGUACCGUGUCUGAAGUUUUCCAUUUUUGUUGGGUGCUUUUUAUAUAUGCAAAAGGUAAUUUCCCCAUGAUUAGUGAUGAUCUGGUUAAUUCUUAUCAUCUUCUGCUGUGUGCUUUGGACUUAGUUUAUGGAAAUGCCCUUCAAUGUUCCAAUCGUAAAGAACUUGUGAACCCUAAUUUUAAAGGUCUAUCUGAAGAUUUUCACGCUAAGGAUUCUAAACCUUCUUCCGACCCACCUUGUGUCAUUGAGAAACUCUGUUCCUUACAUGACGGCCUAGUUUUGGAAGCAAAGGGAAUAAAGGAACAUUUCUGGAAACCCUAUAUUAGGAAACUUUAUGAAAAAAAGCUCCUUAAGGGAAAAGAAGAAAAUCUUACUGGUUUUCUAGAACCUGGGAAUUUUGGAGAGAGUUUUAAAGCCAUCAAUAAGGCCUAUGAGGAGUAUGUUUUAUCUGUUGGGAAUUUAGAUGAGCGGAUUUUUCUUGGAGAGGAUGCUGAAGAGGAAAUUGGGACCCUCUCAAGGUGUUUGAAUACUGGUUCAGGAACAGAGACUGCUGAAAGGGUGCAGAUGAAAAGCAUCUUGCAGCAGCACUUUGACAAGUUAUCUCCCAGGAGAUGGAAACAACCUAAGUGUCCAUCAUCGGAUGAAUGGAUAAAGAAGAUGUGGCACAUAUAUACAGUGGAAUAUUACUCAGCCAUAAAAAGAAACGAAAUUGAGCUAUUUGUAAUGAGGUGGAUGGACCUAGAGUCUGUCAUACAAAGUGAAUCUAAAGCACUUAGGAUCUCUACCCCACUUACUGGUGUGAGGUACAUUAAGGGUAACAGCCCUUGUGUGACUCCAGUUUCUACAGCUACACAUAGCUUGAGUCGUCUCCACACCAUGCUCACAGGCCUCAGGAAUGCACCAAGUGAGAAACUGGAACAGAUUCUAAGGACAUGUUCCAGAGAUCCAACCCAGGCUAUAGCCAACAGAUUGAAAGAAAUGUAUGAAAUAUAUUCUCAGCAUUCCCAGCCAGAUGAGGAUAUCAGUAAUUGUGCUAAAGAAAUUGCCAGCAAACAUUUUCGUUUUGCAGAGAUGCUUUACUAUAAAGUGUUAGAAUCUGUUAUUGAGCAGGAACAAAAAAGACUGGGAGACAUGGAUUUAUCUGGCAUUCUGGAACAAGAUGCAUUCCACAGAUCGCUCUUGGCCUGCUGCCUUGAGGUCGUCACUUUUUCUUAUAAGCCUCCUGGGAAUUUUCCAUGUAUUACUGAAAUAUUUGAUGUACCACUUUAUCAUUUUUACAAGGUGAUAGAAGUAUUCAUUAGAGCAGAAGAUGGCCUUUGUAGAGAGGUGGUAAAACACCUUAAUCAGAUUGAAGAACAGAUCUUGGAUCAUUUGGCAUGGAAACCAGAGUCUCCACUCUGGGACAGAAUUAGAGACAAUGAAAACAGAGUUCCUACGUGUGAAGAGGUCAUGCCACCUCAGAACCUGGAAAGAGCGGAUGAAAUUUGUAUUGCUGGCUCCCCUUUGACUCCCAGAAGGGUGAGUGAAGUUCGUGCUGAUGCUGGAGGACUUGGAAGAAGCAUAACGUCUCCAACCACAUUAUACGAUAGGUACAGCUCCCCAACAGCCAGCUCUACCAGAAGGCGGCUAUUUGUUGAGAAUGAUAGCCCCACUGAUGGAGGGACACCUGGCCGCAUCCCCCCACAGCCUCUAGUCAAUGCUGUCCCUGUGCAGAAUGUAUCUGGGGAAGCUGUUUCUGUCACACCAGUUCCUGGACAGACUUUGGUCACCAUGGCAACAGCCACUGUCACAGCCAACAAUGGACAAACAGUGACUAUUCCUGUACAAGGCAUUGCCAAUGAAAAUGGAGGAAUAACAUUCUUCCCAGUCCAAGUCAAUGUUGGGGGGCAGGCACAGGCUGUGACUGGCUCCAUCCAGCCCCUCAGUGCUCAGGCCCUGGCUGGAAGUUUAAGCUCUCAACAGGUGACAGGAACGACCUUGCAAGUCCCUGGUCAGGUGGCCAUUCAACAGAUUUCCCCAGGUGGACAACAGCAGAAACAAGGCCUACCUUUAACCAGCAGCAAUAUUAGACCCAGGAAGACCAGCUCUUUAUCGCUUUUCUUUAGAAAGGUUUAUCACUUAGCAGGUGUCCGUCUUCGGGACCUUUGUGCUAAAUUGGAUAUUUCAGAUGAACUGAGGAAAAAAAUCUGGACCUGCUUUGAAUUCUCCAUAAUUCAGUGUCCUGAACUUAUGAUGGACAGACAUCUGGACCAGUUGUUAAUGUGUGCCAUUUAUGUGAUGGCAAAGGUCACAAAAGAAGACAAGUCCUUCCAGAAUAUUAUGCGUUGCUAUAGGACUCAGCCACAGGCCCGGAGCCAGGUGUAUAGAAGUGUUCUGAUAAAAGGGAAAAGGAAAAGAAGAAAUUCUGGCAGCAGUGACAGCAGAAGUCAUCAGAAUUCUCCAACAGAACUAAACAAAGACAGAACCAGUAGAGACUCCAGUCCUGUCAUGAGGUCAAGCAGCACCUUGCCAGUUCCACAGCCUAGCAGUGCCCCUCCUACACCUACUCGUCUCACAGGUGCCAACAGUGAUGUGGAAGAGGAGGAGAGGGGAGACCUUAUUCAGUUCUACAACAACAUCUACAUAAAACAAAUUAAAACAUUUGCCAUGAAGUACUCACAGGCAAAUGCAAUGGAUGCUCCUCCACUCUCUCCCUAUCCGUUUGUAAGAACAGGCUCUCCUCGCCGAAUACAGUUGUCUCAAAAUCAUCCUGUGUACAUAUCCCCGCAUAAAAAUGAAGCAAUGCUUUCUCCUCGAGAAAAGAUUUUCUACUACUUCAGCAACAGUCCUUCAAAGAGACUGAGAGAAAUUAACAGUAUGAUACGGACAGGAGAAACGCCAACCAAAAAGAGAGGGAUUCUUCUGGAAGAUGGAAGUGAAUCACCUGCAAAAAGAAUUUGCCCAGAAAAUCAUUCUGCCUUAUUACGCCGUCUCCAAGAUGUAGCUAAUGACCGAGGUUCCCACUGAGGUUAGUCUGUUGUACUGAAACUGUCUUUUCACAAACUCUGUUUAGCAGCAUCAUGUAAUGCAUGCUGGAUUAUGGGGCCCUUUUCCUUAAUCCUUCCAGUAUCCUUAGGAUAUUUUUACUUAUCCCAACUGCCUUUUUCCCUACCUUUCAGUGCUUGCCAUCAAGGCUGCUUAGAAUCCAAACUUGGAUUUUUUUUAACUCUUUGGCAAAGCUACUACAAGAAUUGCAGAGAACAGAGCGCACUCAAACGUGUGUAUAAGAGGUCUCUGUUAGCGUGUUCCAGCAGAGGAACUGUAUUUCAGUUCAUUCCUACCUGGCCCUCAUGAAAAGCAAAAGUAGGUAUUUUUGUCCUAAAACACUUGGUAGGAGUGUAAGAUUUUUGCAUUCCUAAAAGGUGACAAGGUAGAGCACCCAGAUUUGAAGGUCCUAGGUUAUGAGUCCAGUCUCCCAUUCCCUUUGUGUAAUUCUUCCCUCUCCCCAUUAGGUGUGGUGCAGUGUGACAAGUGCUUGACUGGUGUGCAGUGUGUGAGUGAACCUGUAUAAGAAGUGGCACUUUAGGGCUGUAUAAAAGCAUGAUUUUGGAACCCAGAUUUUGCUGUAUAUUUGCAAUGGCACUUUCUACAAUGUGAACUUCAUUAAGUACAAAACUUCUAGGCUGAACUUAAUUCAGUAUCUUCUUUGAUGCUUUUGUACUUUUUAAAAAUUGUUAAAGCCCCAAUAGCUACCUUUUGGUUUUGGGCAUGUGUUUUAAAUUCUCCAUUUUUUGUUGAUAGGGAUCAGCUGGCUAGUAAAGAGUUUAAAUCAAGUUGAAUUAAGAGAUUAUGAAAAAUUAUGACCUCUUCCUUUAGGAGGUAGUUAUCCAAAAGACGUGUGUCUUUAUUAAGGUGAUAUAUUUUAAAUAUCUUUGGGUGUGUUCCUGGAAGUUUAAAAAAUAGAUUGGAGAAUUUAGGUUUUUAUUAGUACAUAGUACCAUUUAUACAAAUUAGAAAAUGUUAAUUUAACAGCUACUGAAUUAUCUAUAUAUACCUUUAUUAAUCACUAUUGUUCCAGCAGUUUUAAAGUUGAAUGAAUAAUCUUAUUAGGGAGAAAAUUCAAUUGUAAAUUGAAUCAGUAUAAACAAAGUUACUAGGUAACUUCAUAUUGCUCUGAAAGAAAUAUGGAACUUACUUACACUGUUCAAUUAGAAUAGUGUUCUGCAAAAAUAUUUAUAAAACCUCUCAAGAUACUUACUGCUACUGUAAUUUUAUAUGAAAAUAAGUAUUUUUCAAUAAAGCACUUAUAAAUUAAUCUUUGUUUAGUUAUAUUGAGAAAAGGGUAUUUAAUGUCCUGCAUAAAUGACAAAGAACAAUCAUUUAUUGGUUUAUUGUCUCUACGAAACACAUUAGUCAUUCAUCAUUUAAAUAUCU